CCCUCAGACUCAUCUUAGGGCCAUUCUACUGCUGAUUUUUUUCCCCUUGGGCGUAUAUGGAGAUGGGCGGGGCCUCUUCAGGCUCAGCUCCAGUUUCUAUGGAAACCCACAGGCUUCCCACCCAGCCGCUGCCUGGGCAGACACCCAACCUGGGCCUCAUCCACCACCAGCUUCUCCCAGGAUCAUAGGCCUUUCCAGCCCCAGUUUCUUCUCUGGGUCCUGUCUGCAUCUACAUCCUUUUCCUGAUCUUCUUUAGGGACCUGGGCCUCUUUUCUCCUACAUUUUAGUUCCCCAGCAAACAGGCCUGCAGCUCCUGCCCUCUCUCUCAGAUCUCUCAGAUCUUUCAGGGCCUGGCUGGGCCUUCUAGGCUGUUCCACCCUUUGAUCUGCUGCCCACUCCACAUAUGGAGAACUCAGGACUGAUGGUGCGUGGGCAGUCUGCACCCUUUUCUACAGCACUUCGAAGCCUUGUCAACAACCCCCAGCACAGUGAUAUUUGCUUUGUGGUUGGUCAAGAACGGCAAGAGGUAUUUGCCCACCGGUGCUUGUUGGCCUGUAGAUGUAACUUCUUCCAGAGACUUUUGGGCCCUGGGGUACCUAGUCCUGUGGUGCUAAGCACUGUGCCAGCCGAAGCCUUCUUAUCUGUUCUGGAGUUCCUGUAUACCAACAGUGUCAAGCUGCACCGAUACUCUGUGCUGGAGGUGCUGACAGCAGCUGUGGAGUACGGGCUGGAGGAGCUUCGAGAGCUAUGCCUGGAGUUUGUGGUGAAGGUGUUGGAUGUGGAGUUGGUUUGUGAGGCUCUGCAGGUUGCUGUAACCUUUGGCCUGAGGCUACUGCAGGAGCGGUGCAUAGCCUUCAUAGAGGCUCACAGCCAGGAGGCACUCCGCACCCGUGGCUUCCUGGAACUGUCCGCCACCGCGCUGCUGCCCGUGCUACGCAGUGACAAGCUCUGUGUGGACGAGGCUGAGCUGGUCCAGGCAGCCAGAAGCUGGGCACGCGUCGGGGCCGCGGUGUUGGACCAACCCGUGGCCGAGGUGGCAGCUCCAGUGGUUCGAGAGCUGAGACUGGCUUUGCUCGCCCCAGCGGAGCUAAGCGCCCUGGAAGAGCAGAACCGACGGGAGCCGCUCAUCCCGGUUGAACAAAUUGUGGAGGCAUGGAAGUGCCACGCCCUACAGAGAGGAGAUGCGGCCCGGAGCACACCGUGCCGCCGGCGGAGGGGCACCUUGCCCCGGGAUCACCAUCGCUUUCUGGACCUUCGUUUCAAAUGACCCACUUCCGGUCCGUUUGAGGAAGUUGACCACAUCCCAAACUACAGCUCCCGAGGUGCCCUGCGCUAGAGGUGGGCUUCCGCUCCCAGCAAGCUCAGCAGCCGGAUAUGGGAAGGACCGUUCUGUGUCUAGAGUAAUACCUAAAAUCUCUGCGGAGGAGUAGGGAUUGCGCAAUGGGCCCAAGGUUGGGGCUAGACUGUAGGCUUGGGUGAUGUCCUGAGACCGGAAACGAGGGUGGCCUUUGUUGGUUGCAUGAGCUCACGCGGCAUCCUGCAUUCGGUCAUUCCUCUGCGCCCCCUCUACUUGGAUGACGCUAUAUCCAUUUAGCUCAUCAGCUUCCUGGCUCCAGGCUCAGCGCAGAUUCGAGCUUCUCACCUUUCCCAGCCCUGGAAAUAGUGUUUGUCUUUUCUGCGGGUCUGGAACCCGGACCUCAUUCUUGCCUACCUCAUGCCUUUUCUCCCUUUUAAUACUUCUUUCUAGUUGGUUUAGUCUGAAGCCUAUCUUUCGUCAUAUUUUGGGGUCCUUUCUGCCAUCACCCUAGCCAGUGCCCCUCACUUUCCCCCUCAGGGGACAGUAUCCAUCCUUAUGAUGGUCCCAUCGCUACGAUUGACCAACUUUUCCUUCUGAGCCCUUUAAUGUCGUACUGCUUUCCAGGACAAGCUACAAAAUUUCCUUGAGAUUUAGCAAUUCUAAAUUCUGAGUUUGGGAGUUUAUUUGAGUGUGGGAUAAGGUGUGGACAGUCUCUCACUGUAACCCCAGCUGGUCUAGAGCUAUUUAGGACAGGCUAGCUUUGAGCUCACAGUGCUCUGACUGCCUCUGCCUCCCUGGUACAGAGAUUAAAGGCGCGUACUAUCGCUCCUUGAUAAAAACAAAAAAGGGUGGGAAGGAUGGUGUAUGUCUUUAAUCUCAGCCACUUGGGAGGCAGGGAAAGGUGAUCUCUGUAAAUUUGAGGCCACCCUGUUCUACUACUACAAGUUCUCUGGAUUUACUGGAAUAAAACAGUUCUGCCUCAGCACACCCCUACCUGAAAAAAAAAAAUAUAUAUAUAUACAUAUACCUAUACAUAUAUAUAUCUGUCCAUCCUAUGGAAUAGGCUUUUGCCACCUUACCCAGCAAAUUUUUGUCCCUCCCCCCCACAGCUUCCAGUAAAUAAUUUUUAAGGAAUUGUAAAGCAAAGAUUUAAAAAUGAAGAGUAGUGGACAAUUUAAAAAGAAAUAAAAUUAUAA